GUAGUUGGCCUCCUCAUUUCUUUAUCAGCCUUCCUCCUUCCUCCUUCCUUUCCCUGCUCAUCCUUCUUCUUUCUUAUUCUUUCUCUCUCUCUUCUCUCUUCUCUCUUCUUCUUCCUCUCCAGAUCUGGGCUUUCUCAAACCCAGAUCUGGGCUUUCUCAAACCCAGAUCUAGGUUCUCUCAACCCAGCUUCAACAACAACUAUGCCUUCCUUUAGCAAAUUAAUAAAUGACACUUCAGCAUCUAGUAGAUAUGGAUGCAAAUACAGAAGGUUCUCCUCAAACCUUUGGCUAAAAUUUUGCCAAAUAGUUGGUGAAUCGUUUAAGAAAACGAAAAUUUCUAAGAAAAACUUACUUUUAUUUCAUAAAAAUGUUUCUUUUUUACAUUUGAAAUGGAGACCUAGUUUCUCUCCUAAUUCUCAAACUUCAAAAUCGUAGUAAGAAACGACACUUAAAUAAGCAGAAAAUGGGAAAGCCAAGAUGAGCAACAUUGAAACAGGUUACAAUCUCUUCGUCACCACCUUCUCUUCGGACAGUAGAGUUUUCCAGAUUGAGUACACCGCCAAGGGGGAACUGAAUUUUAGGGAUUUGUCAAUACUAGAAUAAAUCCAAUGUUUCAAAUAGUUGUGUGGUAAUUGUAAUUGAAAGAUAGUUUUUGAGGUACAGAAGAGUGAGCAUUUGGAGUUGCAUUUGGAGUUGCAUUUGGAAGUGAGAGGUGCAACAGUCCUACAGUACUUCUUUGGUUUAGUUUAAGUUAUUUCUGGAUUGUGGAAUAUUUAGAAAUGAAGACUUAUUUGCUAUGAUCUAUUGCUAUGAGAUUUAUGUGGGAUUUUAUAAAGUGAGGAUCAAGUGUUUGGAUUUGACCAAUUCCCUGUACAUGUUAAUAAAGAUGGAGUUUAGUA